AUGGCGCCCACCACGGAGGACGCAGUGGAAGAGGUGUCGGGAUCUAGGUCGAUGGCAGAGCGGCGGCGGGAGAGGCGGCGGCGGUCCGAUCCUGAGGUGGCCGGUCACCUAUCGGGGGCCAUCCAACCAGAAGCUAAGCCGUCGUCGCAGCAAGGCAAGAGGAAAGCCGCCCUUGAGCAGUCCGAAGGCGAGGGGCAGAAGAGGAGCCGGCGUCAAUGUGAGCUUGUAACGCUUGAUUAUUCUAUGCCUGCCUCAUCUUUGGUAAAAGAAGUUCAGUUGAGAAGUGUUCGUGAAUCCGUAACAGAAAAGGUUCUCCAAGCAGCAAAAGCUAUUCUUAGUCUCUCAUCUUAUCUCGAUGGCAAACUAAUGACACAGUCAUCCGGUUUUCUUACUGAUUGGAAUAAGGAGACUAGAAAAGGCAUUGUUUUAACGUCAGCUCACAUUAUCUGUUCAAAAUAUACGAGCGAGUGGUCAGGUGCAAAUGAAUAUUCACCAAAUGCUAAGGUUGUUGCUCAUUUGUUAGAUGAGACUACUGUCCCUGCACAAUUGGUUCAUUAUGACAAGCAGAUUAAUAUGGCUCUGUUUACUGUUGGUAUGGAGUCAUGUGCUGAAAUUCUCAAAUUCGAUGAUGUGAAAUAUGGUCAAGCGACAUUAGUGAUGGGUAGAGAUGAAAACCUGAAUUUGACUGUUGAUUAUGGGUUUGUUGGAUUUCAUGGCCCAACUCUAUAUGAACGUCCUCACUAUAUAUAUUCUGGCAUUGGAGGGCCAGUAAUGGACUUCUGUGGGAAAGUUCUGGGGAUGGCUAAUUUUCCAGGACCAGCUUUUAUUCCGUCCUCUAUUAUAUUGGUGUGCUUGGAUAUGUGGGAGAAACAUCAGUGUAUCCCUCGACUGCAUUUUGGGAUGAAAUUUUCACCCAUCAAGUUUCUAGAUCCAAUUCUUGUGGAGAGGAUCUUUCGUAAGUGCAAUGUUGAUUCAGGUCUCAUAGUUAAAGAGGUGUCUAAUGGAUCAAUUGCGGAGGAGCUAGGAGUUAGGCGUGGUGAUAUCAUUACCUCCGUAAAUGGAAAGAGCAUUGAUACUACUGUUGAGCUGGAGAGCUUAAAUUUGAGAAUAUGCAAGAAUCAUCUUGAUCAAGGAGGAACCAUCGGUUCCUGGAGGGACAUACAGGUUGGUACAUUAUUGCACAUUCGGAAAGGUGGUAAAGGAUCAAGUCGCACUUUAAGUCUGAGAUUAAAUGUAACACAUGGCAUAGAGGAGGUGUUUGCAAGUCUUCGGACUCCUUUCAACUAGUAUGAAAUGCU